AUGUUUGGCCUAAUUGCUGUUUAUUGUAAGCUACCAUGUGUAUUCUCUUUUGUUGUUCAAGUGGGUCACUGGUGUGAUGUCCCUGUUGCUGUCAAAACGUUUCAUGAGAAUCUGAGGCUUCCUCAACUGGCACCAGUUUUCAAGAGAGAACUGACCAUCUGCAGUCAGUUGCAUCAUCCCAACCUCGUCCCUAUCUAUGGUGGUGUGAUGAAGAAUGAAAUUCCUGUCCAAAUUGUGAUGGAGCUUCUUCAAGGCUCACUUAGUGAUCUAAUGAAGGCAGCACAUGCUUCAAAGAGCUACCAUUGCUAUCUGUCAUUCCGAGAGCAGAUCGACGUAGCUACAGAUACCACUGCUGCCAUUACGUAUAUGCAUCGCCUGCGUCCUCAGCCUUAUGUUCAUUGUGAUAUCCGUACUACCAAUGUGAUGAUCACUCGUGAUAUGGUAGCUAAAGUGGGUGAUCUUGGUGCAAGUCACAUGAUCAACAGCAGCACGUCUCUAGGUGCUCUGAGUCCUGAAUAUUGUGCACCUGAGAAAUUUCCUCGCAGUGAUGGUAGGUCAGCUCGCAGCACACGAGAGUCUGAUGUUUAUAGUCUGGGUGUGACCCUGACUGAGUUGUUUACGGGUCUGUCACCAAUUCCUGCAGAGAGGCAAAAUCAAAUACGAAAGAUCAAAAAUCCUGAUCUGUUGGAUAUGUGCUUGCAAAUGACACAUGAUAGACCUGCUGAACGACCAACUGCUGAGAUGGCUUUCACCAUUCUGAUCAACCAAAAGUCAGUUGAUUCAUACAGAUCAAUUGGAGGAAGAAGGACUGUUAAAGGAAACUUGGAAGGCGAGGAGGACAUGUAUCUUGUUGAUUUCAUGCAUUCCUAAGGUGAAAAUAGAGGCACCUACAGAAUUGGACUGCUGCUCUAACAAGCAUUACUAGGGCAAGGGAGGGAGGGAAGGAAUGACGUAUGUGGGAUAUUGUCGUUAUAUUUUCUUAACCGUCUGCUUUUAGUCGUUGCUUUGUAUCUGUAAUUGUUGUAAGCUGGAAAUGCCUUUGUAGCGCAGUAUGUGAUGGACAGCAAAUGUCACAAUUGAUUGCAUUUUUACAGCCACUAAUGACUGCUGAGUAAAACAAAGUUUGAACUUGCUGAAAGUCAA